GUCAGUAUAUUGAAAAAUGAAAACUAUAUUUGGCUCAAAAAUGUAAACAUAAGUCUAAUGCUUGUUGUGAAUUAUUCCAAUGUUUAAUAUUGGUAUCUCUCACACAAAUAUUAAUAUACCUAAGUGUAAUUAAUUUAAGCUACUAUUAAAUUUACGUUUCGAGUUGAAUAUAACUUUUGUAACAUGGUUGCGUCAAGUAUGACCAUCCAGGAUAUCUUGCCGUACGGCUCAAAUAAAUCAAAUAGCAAAAAAUUGGAUAUCGAUGCAAUUCUCCCAUUUAUAAUUUUACCUCUACUUUUGGUUAUAUGCACUCUAUCAAGGCUUGUGACCAUAAUUGUUAUGAUUCUUAUCGGAAUGGGAGCACUGUACGCACAGUCACGCCCGAGGAACAAAAAUCGGUCUCCUUUCUUCUACCAUUGGACGAUAUCAUCUGGCAUUUGUAUGUUUCUAGUCUUUGAAUUUGGUAUACUAAGUCUACUUGAAAUAACACAGUUGGAGAAUUUAAUAUUUCUUGUACUUCUAUCAAGCACUUGUUAUUUCUUCUACAAAAUGAAAGCAGUGGCUGACUUUGAAUUAGCUACAGGAGGAUCAAAAGGAAAGGAAUAUAGUCCAGUAUUAACAUCAGAUUCAUAUUACUGUCAGAUCUGUCAGAUUGAAGUCAAUGAGAGAUUCUUUCAUUCAAUAUGGUGGGACUGUUGCGUUCUAAGACCUAAUUACAUAUAUUUUCUAAGUGGUCAGAUUUUUUCAUUUGCCACAUUGCUAUAUGGAACCAAUUUGGGUUUGACAACAGUGUGCCAGCCUUAUAUAUUAUAUGGAAAUAUAUUAAUGCCGGAGGACUGCAAUGAUGUGUAUUAUGAAUUUGACUUGGCGUUGUGUUUUGUGUCAUGUAUCUACGGACUUGGUUAUCUUCUAGUAACUUCUCUAGUUUUAAUACGACAAAUUCUUAUAUACAUUCCAAAAUAUACCGAACCGCAAUGGAAAAAACUUAUUAAUGUGUUAACUGUAUAAAAAUACUAACAUAAAUGUCACAGACAAAUAAAUAAUUAAAUUAGGAUUUAAAUGAAUUGUUUAAAUCCAAAAAUUAACUAGUAUUGAGGAUUACGGAAAAAAUCAAGACACAUUGACUUGUGACUUUACGAAAUACCGAAAUCAUUUUUAAACUAGGUGAUGAACCUUCGCGUUUUUUCUCGCUUCUCUCGAAACAAUAGCUCUCGGUGCAAGUGGAGUGAAUUUACCUCAGCGUUUCGGUAAUGAACAGUUUUUUUGGACAUAGGUUCCUUUUCCGGCCCUAAAAUCGAAAUCGGAGGUUCGAUCUAAAUUUUUUUCAAUCAAAACAACCACAAUUAACUGGGUUAUCGAAGUAAAAAAACUUCGAGUCGAUCGGUCAUGCGGUUGUUGAGAUCAUAUCCGUGGAUGAAUGACGCGAGUCGCCAGUGUAGCGUUCCGCUCGCUUCAUUCAAUAAUUUUCACGUCACCAUGUGCGAGGAAAAGUUCCUUGACAAAAUUAUCACGCUUAUUUCAUAUUCAUAUUGAAUGAUAAGAUUAAAAUGAUGAUAUAAAUCACUUUAUAUUUGUCCAUAACAUAAACAUAUACAUAAAUACAACGUAGUCAUCAACAACUUCUGUAGUAUAAAACUAUUUAUAUAAUUAUAACGGGUUGAAGUAACGUACGUAAAGUACGUGAGAUACAAAAUAGGUCGGUUUUAGAGUCAUGUUACAUAACUCAAUCGAAUUUUAUAAAGUAAUAAUUAUAUAAUUAAUUAAAUAAACGUUUGUAAAUCAA